GGAUACCGUCCCUUCGUAGACGUCCGCUAAGAUUGGAAGUUCUAAGAGACGCAUGGAAGGGCGGUUGCUGAACUUCAUCCGGAUCCAACCCGUUGCUAGUUGCCCUCGCUUUCACAGAGCGCGAGAGAUAGGGAGGGAGGGUCGCUGGAAGCUUGGAAGUGAAAGUGACCAAAUUCAGAAAAUGAUGGGGAUGAAGCAAAAUCCAUUGUUGUUGGGAUUACCAUAAAACGCCAGGAGGCUUUUAGAAGGAUCAAAACCUUCAUCUACCACCAAGACCGACAACAGCAGCAGCAACACUCAGGCGCUCUUCUCUUUGCAUUAAUGCCAUACCAUUCUCCUCUCCUCCCUGUUUCUUCAUUUUCCUUCCUAUCCUAUGGUCACCGUCAUCCCCAAUCUUAUCAAUUUUCACAGAUUCCUGUUUGCGUCCUCAUCGUCAAUCCAGCCCGAGCAUUGAAUUGUUACCACCACUACCAGUGCUAGCUGCCAACAACAGAGCACGUUGAGAGAGACAGAGAGAGAGAGAGAGAGAGAGAGAGAGAGAGAGAGAGAGAGAAUUGAGUAUUUCUUGAUUCGAGCUUUUGGAUUAGAAGACGAAGGGUAUGAGAGAGGAGGAACGAUGGUGGGGUAGCUUUUCGAGGGACUUGAUGGCUGGUGCCCUGAUGGGUGGCGUGGUUCACACAAUAGUAGCGCCCGUUGAGAGGACGAAGCUCUUGCUUCAGACCCAGGAGAGCAACAUCGCGAUUAUUGGUGGGAGGCACAGGAGAUUCAAGGGGAUGGUGGACUGCCUGGCACGGACGGUCAGAGAGGAGGGCUUCCUGUCUCUAUGGAGGGGUAAUGGGACCAGCGUUAUUAGGUAUUACCCCUCAGUGGCUCUUAAUUUCUCACUCAAGGAUCUUUACAAAAGCAUGUUGAAGAGUGACAAACUUCCGGAUGAUAGUCUCAUAUCUGGUGCUCCAUCAAAUUUCAUAGCUGGUGCUGCAGCAGGCUGUACGACACUCAUCAUCAUUUAUCCACUUGAUAUUGCUCACACGCGUCUGGCAGCAGAUAUUGGUAGAAGUGAAACCAGGCAAUUUAGGGGCAUAUGCCACUUCCUGAAGACUGUUCAUGAGAAAGAUGGCAUCAGGGGUAUCUACCGAGGCUUGCCUGCGUCUCUACAAGGAAUGGUGGUCCACAGGGGCCUUUACUUUGGUGGAUUUGAUACUGCAAAGGAGAUGCUGGCAGAGGGUUCAGCAUACUCAUCUACAUCGCAGUUGCCUUUAUGGAAGCGUUGGAUAGUUGCCCAAGCUGUCACUACAUCAGCUGGACUGCUCUCAUAUCCCCUGGAUACAGUGAGGAGAAGGAUGAUGAUGCAGUCAGGUUUGGAGAGAGAAGCAUAUAGCAGCACCCUUGAUUGCUGGAAGAAGAUUUACAAGAUGGAAGGUGUCGCUUCCUUCUACCGGGGUGCGUUGUCUAACAUGUUCAGGAGCACGGGUGCUGCUGCUGUUCUUGUGUUGUAUGAUGAGAUUAAGAAGUUCAUGUGCAGGGUGGGUGGAGGAGUUAAUGUGUGACCCCAUUGAACAAAUCAGGCCAAUAAAUUGAUAACCAUUGGUUUAGAGCUUGAAUACGGAUAUGCUCAACAACUGUAUGGCACUGAGGAAGCAGCCAAUUUUGCAUGAUAUACAUUUCGAUAGGAAUCCUUGGUUCCUUUCUUUUUCUUGCUUCCAAUUUUUCUAUCCUCUUCAUGAGAUGCUUUGUUAUUACAGGAAACUGUGAACAUUUUCAUUUCUUCACAGUAUAAAAGGCAUACUUAUUUGUU